AUGGCCACGGGCCGCCGGGACAGCAGCCCAGGGCGCCUGGCUCUGGCUCUCCCUUCCAUCUGGAAGAAAGUGCGUUAUCGAUGGAGUCCUCACAGAGUUAAUUCUGUGGACUUGGGAGCUUCCACUAGUUCUUUGUCUGAGGCAAUUGUUUACCCAUGGAUAGCUCAACCCCCUCCUCCUCCUCCUGAUGGCAGACCGAGAAGUCUAUCUUGCCAACUUCCUGGACCACCUUUACAAUGGCAGCUACUGGUGGAUGAUGAUGUCUCGUCUUCAAAAUCUCCUGGAAAUUCUCCCAGAAACAGUUUUAGCUCUACGGGGUCAGUUACGUCUCAGGCUUCAAGCAGCAAAGACAAUAGAUCAGAGCAUGGAAGUCAAAGCUCCAGAGCAGGCCUCGCGAAACUUGCUAGACUUCUGACGCCAAGAGAAAAAUCAGUUGCUGGAGACAGGCCAUCCAGUCAUGGAUCUGACAGUUCUCUGGCGCCGGACGUGGUGUCUUUACGUAAAGCCAACAGCAUAGACAGUUUGCUUGAAUCUUCAAGCUCGGGAUAUAAUUUGGACCUUGGUACUUCCAGUACUGGUGGUAUCUCUCCUGUCACUCCGGGAUCUGUGGGUAAAACUCUGCCUGCAUCUCCAAGUGUGCCCGCCAAGUUAGAGUCCCAUAAACGAGGAAAUGGUUCUACAACUUCUCCAACGGCAUCUAACAAACAUUCCAAAG